AUGGUCUUUUCUCAAAGUGGCUCUUACGACAGGCUCUCCUACGUGAAAUUCGAGGCCUCACUCUCAAGUCCGGGCUCUAAACGUCUGGUAGGAACUAAGCCGUAAGUAGCAUGCUUAGCCGGGCUGUUUUGUUUUGUCAGCCACCUUAUCUCCGGCCGUUUUUGCUUUGUCCCUCUCCCAGAACGUGGUGGAAGCCGGAGGGGGUGGGGCAAGGUAAAUGCACCGAAAGUCAGCUUCGUCAUCAAGAGGCUGGCGCACAAGUCAUUGUUCUGUCCGCUUUGCUAACCUCACCGUCUGCGGCAGUUGAACUAUCUCGGCAACCGAAUAGUAAAUCCCCGGCAGUUGAGAUUGUUGCCACCUACGAAAAUAGCCUGAGAUGAAAAUUGUGCGGUUCACAUUGUGUGAGAACUUUUGGGACCGAUUAGGCGACUGGUUAGGGGCGUCCUCAAAGUCUGUGCCCUUUCAUUUGCGUUUACAUUUUCUGGAUGCUGCCUGGUGCCCUUCAAGCGACACUCAUACCAUUCCUAGUUUGUUUUACAGUCGUAUCGCACAAGUAAUUGUAUUUCUUGGCAGAGGUGCUUUCUGCGUCAGCUUGUCUAUUAAUUGUGUUAAUCUGUUGGCUUCCUACUAAAUACACUAGAGCUAUUUUCCCGGCUGGUACUGAGUCUUACCCAGUCAUCUUGUUUUCGUGCGAACGAGUGAUGGGAUUGCGCUACAUAAUUUUAGUUAUGGGCGAUAUGGUGGUCCGACGGCCUCAUUGUCUCUGAACUACCGGCGAGCCAGUGUGAGAAGAACACGCCGCCGCAAGUAACAUGCACGAUCGUGGGUCAGAAGAUGUCUGUUCGGGAGCGGUGGUUAACUUUGUGUGGUUUGCGUGGGUCUGACAUGUCCGUAUUCGCUUGACAUAAUGAUUAGUUGACUGUUGGGUAUUUUACCGGUUCGUCCUCAUGGGCUUAGUCAGGGGCUGCACAGUCAGGAGGCACGAAUGGGCAAAGCCAGGUCAAGAGUGACAGGGCACGUUGUCCGGUGGAACCUUCUCGUUGGUCCAGCCGUGACUCAGCUCAGACGAACGGGCGGCGACCCUGGUCAAGUCCAGGUGGUGGCCGCGUGUUAGCGGCAUGCAUGCAGGUUAGCGCGGUGGCCGCUGCCGUCUACUGACCGGUAGACGUCCGAAAAAGGGGCACUGGGCGGUUCCGACAGUUUAUCCACAAGGUGAAGCGGAAACCGAAGCCUCGAGCGUAUGAAGUUACGGCCAAGACCGUCUUGCUCAGCGGCUGAGAAACAUGACCUCUUCGAAGACAACGCUCACUCUGAUGAAAAUCUGUAACGCGGGCCACUGUCGCCAGUUUGAGACGCGUCUUCCUGGUGAUGCACGUAACGACCACCGGCUCAGUUAUUUCAGUCACUGAGGACAGGCAACUCGCGAUAGCAUCUCUUCGAAGCCUCGUCCGAAUUGACGCAGUCGCGACGUAGUAGUCGACUAAGACAGUUGAUGGGCAUUGAUAGGUCAUAACUAAGCAGAAUGUUCGGUUUGAAGGUGCUUGUUGCCUGAUGAUUGAAUACCAACUGAACAAGUAAAGUUGAGGGGUACCACAGUGCUUGUAAACGACUAGUCGUGUCUAUGUUUGACGCAGAGAAUCAUGGGGACUGGUCAAGCCAGCCUCUGUGUGAGUUAAUGCAAAUACUCAUCCGAAAGCAGUAAAAGUAGCUGAAACAGACUUACACAUGCGUUGGAAAAGACGUCUUCCACUUUGUCGUCCAUGUCAUGAGAUCAUAUACGGACUCCCGUGGGUCAUUCCUUCCCAACGAUUAAGGAUACUGCGGACGGCCGCUUAUAGACGUGCUCUUGAACAGGUCCGCAAAGCGCUCUUCCACGUAUAAAAGGAUCUUUAACUUGGUGUCAGACUGCAAUAUUAAUUUCUCUUUAAGAAUAAUUUAUGUCCAGAUAACGCCAGUACAAAACUUUCCCAGCGGGUAGGGGGGCAGGCACAUAAGCAGCUUUUUAGGAGUGCAACAGGCCAGACGCAUUAUGCACGACUUAGUUCCCUUCUGCCAGUACGUCGACAGGUUCCAUUAACCGAUCCGAUGCUGACCAGCCCGCAGACCUUUUCGUUGACGGGGAUCGCAGAAUGGAAUCUCGAAGCAAGUUUUGUCAUUGCUAAUAUGUCUAUUAUGGUGGAUGGGAGAGGGGACUUAACCACAGACUUAUGCUUCUUUGGUUUUUCUUGGAAAUCCUUCCGGGCAUACUUUCAGUCUCGGCCUGAAGGUUUAUAUUAAUAUUUAAACUAAAAUCUGUCAGGCUCAGUGGGAUAACCGCAUAAAAUUCACAUUCUGUCAACAGACAGUCAGCGGUUUGCAAAUUUAUCCGGACUGCUAAGGGAAAGUACUCUCUGAUAACUGCCUACAAACCGUGCUCAUUUUAUUCGACUGUAGCCUAGGUUUCCCAAAUGGACGACUCCGAAGCGUUAGUUCCCAAGGUCAUUUUGGUUAUCGAUCAGGCUCCCGAGGGAAGUCUGUUUCGUUCCGAUUAAGGGGCCAACGCUUAUUUGACACACCGGAGACGUGGACUUUAACCCACACCAUCAGCUGCGUUUGAUUUCGUCUUCAGGCGGCCUAAAUCAGUCGUGCCACCGGCAUACGACGGAAGAGAGACAGUGCGAUAUUUAAUACAAUAUAUCUGAUGCUCAAUUAAAAGUCGUGAUUGGGAAAAUUGUCAGCUGUUAAGGUUACUUGUUCCUCGGGACUGAGGGGCGGAUGUUAGUGACGGCUCUUCCGUAAUACAUUACGGCAACUCUCACGGGUAUGACAUCCUACUGGAUGAGGUGGACGAUUGCCUGAAAAACUCUGCUCCAUACAAAUUGCUAGUCAUCCUUAUCUAUCCUUUACGUCGGGCGAUAACGGGUGUGCAACGAGACAGCUUGGCCGAAGCUACAAAAACAUCCAUUACCCCAGUCUGCCCCGUGCACAAGUCAGCAAUGAGUCCCGCGAUUGCGUUGAUCUUUGCUGUUUUCGACGGACAAACUGUAAUAAUCGGUCCUUAGUAAAAAAGGGCUUAUAGUACGUGCGCAUUAGUAGUCCAUCGGUAUGUCUGAUUGACAUGUUGCCUGUGAUGCCGAUUGGGAACCAGUCGGGGGAGGGGGGGGGGCGGCAACAUGCAUCUGUCUGGCAGUUGACUCCGACUUGGUGAAAUUGUCCACCUCGUAGCAAGAUUACACCAAAACUAAAUCUGCCCUUCACAAUGCGUAUGAUCUGCGCUGUCGGUCGUGGUUUCUACUAGCUAACAGCACGGGACUGACGCGGUGCAGUCGGCACGAUCCACCAGUCUGCAAGGUCACUGUAGGCCACCUCUUCUACCGUCCUUUUCACUUUUCUUUCAACUGUCAGAAUGCGCAUCCGCAUCUUAGUUCGUUUUUGUCGGUGUUGGUGCCUUGACUCGCAUGCGCAAACGCGCACAUCUUCAAGUUGCCGUCUGGGAAGGCCGUAUCAGCCGUCUGAUCGCUGUGUGUACUGACGACUUCAUGGAAAAUCGAGAGAAAUUUAACGUCGGAGGCGCAUAUAUGGCCGCCUACCAAAUUUGUGCAUGCAGACCGUAAGCGCGAGCAUGCACGCACAGACAAGAAAACAUUUAGCGUCGGGAUAAAAAUACUGAAAAGCCUUAGUCCAGACAAAACAGAGUCAGUUAUUUUCCGACUAUACUGCAUGAUCACGACUGAAACGCCGGUCGCGGUUUUUUUCCAUGAAGCCUUCAGAAAUGUUCGCAAGGAGCUGACGCAGUCCAUUCAGUAAACGAAGUUGUCGGCCUAGCCUAAACAUUUUGUAAAAAUUUCAUCCUAAAAGUGCCACCUUACAGGUAAUAUUAGAAGCUGACAAUGAGGGAUAUCGAAACAAACCCUGUUAUACUGGCAGGAAUAAAUUCGAGGAAAAGUCUACUGUAGGUGAUGCAACGGAAAUGUUCUACCCAAUCGGAAACCGACGCAAGAUCAUCGACAGAAACCACUAACUAAUACUGAGUGACCUUCAGAUAAAUGAAAACACCAUAGAAGUACUAAAAGUGCUAUUACUCUUAUUAGAAACAGCGAUUUUCUUUGGAAAAGUGGAAAUGCCUAAAACUCGAAACUUAAUGUCUGACGAGUAAAGUCCAGUUGUAGAACAACGGAAAACAUAUUUAUGGAAAUAUCAGAGUAAAUUAAUCUGUAUGGGUACAAUAACGUUGGAAAUAAAACACAUUUUAUGCACCCCCGAAGUCAAUUUCCCUCGAAAACUACCGAAAAUGAGUAUCUGCUAGGAUCUGACAAAAGGCCUUCGACGCAGGAAAUCCUGAUGGGUUCUGGAGAAUCAUGCUGAAAUUUGGAUAACCUGAACGGUUCACUCAGGUGUUAAGAUAACUUCAUGACGGGGUGUCGACCCUCAUCACGGACAACGGGGCAAUCUCUGAAGCAUUCUCAGUGAAAAAUGGGGCGAGGCAGGGCUGCGCACUCGUCCCCAUUCUAUGCAGUUACACGUUUACCGCCAUGCUGACGGACGUCUACCGUGAGAAGGAGGUCGAAAUCUACCACCGAAUCACCACCGCUAAGAAAGAGGGGAACAUGCGGCGGGAUGUGGGCCUCUUCACCUUUGUUUGCUCCAACUUCGGCCUGACCAUAAGAACGGAGAGGACAGCUGCCCUACAACAACGGGCACCAAAUGCUGACUUCACCUAG